UACUUUGAAAAACUUCCGGGUGGCAGCCGACGGAAGAGUUUGUUUUGAAGCUCGCUUUCUGAUUCUAGUUGUUGCAACUUCUACACUUGAGCAUAAUGGCAAGAGUCAUAGCUGUACUGCGUGAUGUUAUGUAGUUUUAAAACGUGUACGGAGUGACAGUGGUUUAAAGUAGUUGUUGGUUUCAGUUAUAAAGUUAUAUUUUCCUUUGUUCUGUAAAAAAGGAAGUUAAAAAUCAGACUGGUAACUCAAGAGGUUGGAUCCCAGUCGAGUAACUUUUUACGAAAUGAACACAAGUGUCCCCCUCCAUCCUGGGAUUGGCUGCCUCUGCAAAUCUGCUUAACUGAUUGACUGCCGCUGAAAGCAAAUUAGAAGCAAGAGUGGUCAACAAGACUGCCUGUACAGAUGUAUAUCUGAAGAUUUGAUCUGUUAUAUGCUUCAAAAUACCAAAGCAGUUUAAGACUUGGAAUUUGUGUGCUUUCCCGACAUUCUAAACCAACUAAAGAAACCUAUGGCUGCUCCUAUCGAGAAGAAGAGGUUCAUUAUUCCUUCACAAGAAGCUGAAAUAACCCCGGUAAAACCGCUCUUUAAAUCUUUGGGGAAAAGCAUUGGAGAAGAUAAUCUCCCACAAUUAAAAGGUCAGCCUACAGUUGCUUCAUACGCUGAUUACCUGUUUGGGCAAAAUUCCAAACUCCAGAGUAAAGGACAGCUGAGUCAGCCAAGUUCUGCAUCUGUAAAGUAUUUCUCUGUGCUCAGUAAUGAAGCAAAUACCAGUGACCGUAAUAAGCUGGUAACCAGUACAGAAGCACAGAACGUAGCCGCCUACAAAGCAAAAUCACUGGAAUAUGGAGAUGGGAGAGGAGUUCACACAGGCCUGGAAGAUGAGGACACCAAAGGUGUAUCUGACAUUGUGGCAGAUGGUACUGGUGAAACUAUAGAGACAGCUGGGACUUCUGGAGCGGCUUUGCCAAAGACAGUCAGCAAAUCUGGUAGCAUUAUUGUAAGCCCACGGCAGCGAGGAAACCCAGUUCUCAAGUUCAUCCGUAAUGUUCCUUGGGAAUUUGGAGAGAUUAUUCCUGACUACCUCAUGGGACAGAGUACCUGUGCCCUCUUCCUCAGCUUGCGGUACCACAACCUGAAUCCAAAUUAUAUUCAUGAUCGUCUGAAACAGUUGGGGCAGUCAUAUGCGCUGAAGGUCCUGUUGGUCCAAGUGGAUGUGAAAGAUCCUCAUCAUGCUCUGAAGGAAUUGGCAAAGAUUUGUAUCUUGGCUGACUGCACACUUAUUCUAGCUUGGAGUCCUGAAGAAGCUGGAAGAUACCUUGAAACUUACAAGUCGUAUGAGAAUAAACCGGCAGAUGCCUUAAAAGAACGAAUGGAAAGUGACUUUGUUUCCCAGAUGACUGACUGUUUGACCACAGUGAAGUCCGUGAACAAGACUGAUUCUGCAACUCUUCUUUCAACUUUUGGGUCAUUGGCCAACAUCAUCAAUGCCUCCAGAGAAGAUUUAUCCCUCUGUCCUGGCCUGGGACCUCAGAAGGCAAGAAGACUGUAUGAUGUCCUUCAUGAACCAUUUCUGAAAUCAAAGUGAAAACAGUUACUUGAAGGUCCACAGCAGUUUGUCUUGGAUGGUCAACAGUAAACCCUCUAAAAAAGCCCCGAGUGCUUCCUCUGGAGCUUGAAUUUACGAAUGAAGUUGAUGAGUUGGGACCCUGAUAUCUUCCAAACUGGCAUAAAGUUAUGUUUGAAAAGCUGUCAGAUAUUCCAGCAGCACAGUAUUCUGGGACUAUUUACUCAUUUUAAGUUAUACUAGCCAGGGAGGCACAGUCUGGUUGCUUGUACAAACAGAACUUGUGGUUCAGAGAAUCUGCCACAAAUGAACUACUUGUAUAUCGUUAUUAGUGUCCAUUUGUGUGCCGUAAACCUUUACAAGAGUAAAGUGCUUUAAAAAGAGCAAUGUUUAUGUGAAAUGUACAGGGGAAUGCUGUUGUAAUGCGUCAUAGAACAAUAGUCAGUCUGAGUGGGAAAGUGUAGAUAACGAGUGGCAAGCAUCCAGGUGGUAUGGACCAGGUUUUUGGCACAGAGGACUGAAGCCUUGAGAGCAGUCCAGAAGACCAGAGUUUGAUUAGUGUUUCAUGUGCUUGGAGGAGGGUAGGGGAGAUGGGACUAAACUGCUUCCAUCAGCUCGCCCAUCCAUGGGUGGAGGGGAAUUAGAGUGGAGCACUUGCCUAAGCACACCUCCACUUUUGAAACACUGGUGGAGACUUGUGUCAUGCAGAUAUACUGUUUGGAAGUGGGAGGUAGAGAGAGAGCUUUGGUUGAGUCACGUGCUGUGGACAGUUUAUUACAAGCCAAUUACAUUUCUUCCAUUGGACAGGACAGACAUGCAUAGACAGGAGAAAUAGACAGGGCAUAAGAUGAUGAUCCCUGAUGGAUGCUUGGAUAACCUCAUGAUUGGUUCUUGCCCUUGAGAUUAAUGGGAUGGAGACUAAUCUUGCCCUGCAGGGAACAAACAAGCCACAUCAGUUACAGGAGGAUCGAUGUCUGGUAGGCAUUGGGGACAAAAAAAAAUCCAUUCACAUGGUACAGCAAUUAAGUGAGUCACAGCUAAAAAGCAGAUCUUUAUUGUAGGAUUACCUCAAUAUUUACAUCAUUUAAAAGAACAUAAAGUCAUGUGAUGCUAAUGAACAAGGGAUAUUCAGACAUUUCUGCGAUACACUGCCAUCUUUCCUUGUGCAAAUUAUUGAGCUGUCUUGAAAAUAUGUCUGACACAGAAAAUGUUUAGCAAUGUACUGUACUUAAACUUGUAGUUAGAAUAAAAAGAGAAAUUUAUUUUUCA